UGCAUUGAAAAUUCCAGUCUAAAUUCCAGUGUAGUUACACUGUAAAUCCAUAGUGCAAUUUCAUUGUAUUUUUACUAUGUAAUUACACUGUAAUAUCAGUGUACUUACACUGUAAAUCAGAGUGUAAUUUCAGCGAAUUACAUUGUAAUCCUAGUGAAUACGAUUCAGCUUUUGUAUGUUCAUUCAGCUUUUUGCGAAUGAUAGUAACGAUUUAGUUGAGUGUGUCUAGUAGUCUUUUGGAGGGUGUUCAUUCCGCUGUUAUUUUUAGUUUACUAUCAUAAUCAUUUGACCAUGGUUAGUUAAAUAGACUGGCAGAUUGAGGAAGGGUUGCGGGAGAGUUGUUUUUAGUUACUAUCAUAGUCCUUUUCUUGGUAUUGUCGUUAUUUUUAGUCUUAUAUAGGGUGUUCAUUCAGCUUUUGUAUUACUUUACCACGAUUUGCAGUGCUUUUGUGUUCUCAUUUUUAUCCUUGCUUCAUCAUAAUCAUUUGACUAUGGUUAGUGAUACAGAUGGGCAGAUUGCAGAAGGGUUGUGGGCAGGAAGCCCAUGAUCUUUCUCCUGAUAGCAGUGUAGAUUCUUCUGAGAAGCCUUUUGUUCCUGACGAUUGUUUUGAUGCUAAUUCUUUCAAAGUGUCCCAUGUUUAAGUCUUGCUUUAAUAUCCAGUCCUACUUGUUUGCUUUUCCCGCGUUCUAGUUUAAUUUAGUUAGUUGUGCUUUUCUGUCGGAUUCUUCUAUGGAUGAUGGCACGUUUGACAAAGCAUUGUUUGAUUUCUAAGGAUGAAGGAGUGCAUCUUCUUCAUCUUGCAGGUAUGACUCAUGUCUUUGCAUUCUUGCUUCACCUUCUUGAACCUGAAAUUUUGGAAAAAUGAAAGCACUCAGCAGUCUCUGUAUUAAGUCUACUCUAAUUUUUAAGAAUUACAAUGUAAUUCUGAAUUUUUACAGUGUCAAAAAAGAAGUAAUUUACAAGAUAUGACACAGUAAUUAUUUUGAACCAUAGCCUUUCAUUUUGUUACAAUGUACUGUAAUUCUGAAAAAAUUUACACUGUCAAAACAGAAGUAAUUUGCAAUGUAAUUCCUUGCUUUUUUCUGUAUAUUACAAUACUAAUUACCAUGCAGAGCUACAAUAAAUUUGAACCAUACUUGUAGGUGUAUUUUUUCAUUCAAUGCUUUACUUUUAGUAUAUGGCAGUAACUGGUGUAAAAAAAAUGUAAUUUCUGAAUCAUAAUUACAGUAUAUUGUCUGCAUUUUUUAAGUGUAAACAAGAAAGCAAUGUUAGUGUAAUUUUCAAGUUUCCUUUUUGACGGUUACUGUAAUAAUUUGAACUACAAGUCAAAAUAAUUUGACCAUUUUACAGUCCCAAAGUUUAUGAAUUAUAGUAUUGUUCCUAGCCUUUUUGUUUGAGCAGUUCAGUGCUUUUUCAGUCUAACUAUAUGGAAGAUACACUGAUGAAUCAUAGCAAUCAGUUCACUGCUUUUAGUUUUCUAGACCGUCAACUCUAACCAACCCUAAGAUGAUACCCAAACUUACUGAAUGUUCUAAACCCUAAGGUUUCUGUGAAGGUUUUGUGAGUAAUAUUUUUAUGUGAAUUUUUUUGUCAUUGUCAAGUUAGUUCACAAGCAUCGUAAAGGGUGUCUGUUGUAAAUCCUGUUCUUAUUUUUGAUUUUUUUUUUGUUUGAAGUUUCUGAAUUUUCUGCAUGUACAUUUUGUACUACUAGCUUCACUGUAACAUCUAAGCAGAUUUUCAGAGUUCCCCUUUAUGUUUCCUCUAGUAUGUAAGGGGGGACUGAACUAGAUUCAGUCUUAACACCUUAGAAGGUUGUCCAUGCUUUCCUGUCUAUGUUGAUCCUUACUAAUCGUAAUCUGAUCUUUUUGUUCUUGCAAAGUUCAGAUUUCCUGUGCACGUUCCGUGUAGAUGUUGAGAAUUAGGAGAGGGAGCUGUUUUACAGGAGAAGUACUGGGAGUGAGUGCAAAGUUUUGUAGGAGAGAUUUCUUCACCUGUCAAUCCAUGAUUUUUCUGCAGGUUUGCCUCCUGGUAGGUGGGACAGAAACAGCGACAAAAAAAGGACAGGAACAUACAAUGGACAUGGCACACUUGUCAAUUUGUGGGUGGUCUAAAAAUCUGACUGAAACUAAAUCAUAAUAGUAGGAUCUAAGAUGAAUAUAUAGACAUCAAUUUUGUUGCUGUCUUGAUCGGAAGCAUCAAGCCGUAUAUUUCCGCAGAAGCUGUGACACACGUAUCUUUGUGCGGAAGGACUGCAGCACCGUCAUGCUCACGCCUCAGAUUUCUUCGUCGCCCUUGGCAAAUAUCUCGAUGAACUGGUGCAGGAGAGACGGCACCGUCCCAAAAACUAAAUGCUCAGUUUCCACUUGUUACUUGUUGUUACGUUACCAACAACAACGACGACGACACGGCAUCACUGCUGCAUCGAUCUGCAUAUGCAACCCACAAAGAAAAGAAAAGAAGCCAUCUUGUUCUCGUACGCAUCGAUCCCCACCACUCGCUCUCGAUCGCAUCAAGAAACGCCUAUCUACAGCUAGACAACACUCGUGUUCUCCGUUCAACUUAGUAACCUCUCUGUACAUAGAGAUAAGACCAGACAAAUCCAUCAGCUAGUCACUCGAUCGGGGCCCCGCCAUGGAGCAAUGGGCGUACUACCAUUGCCUCUUCCUGGCUCUCCUCCUCCCUCUCCUGCUGCUCAAGCUCAACAGCAAGCGUGGCGGCGUGCGUCUGCCACCCGGUCCGUGGCGGCUGCCGGUCAUCGGCAGCCUGCAGCACCUCGCCGGCAACCCGCUCGUGCACCGCGUCAUGGCCGACCUCGCGCGCCGGCUGGACGCGCCGCUCAUGUACCUCAAGCUCGGCGAGGUGCCCGUGGUGGUGGCCACGUCCCCGGAGGCCGCCCGCGAGAUCAUGCGGACGCACGACGUCGUCUUCGCGACGCGGCCGUGGAGCCCCACCGUCAAGAUCAUGAACGCCGAGGGGCAAGGCCUGAUAUUCGCGCGCUACGGUGCGUUGUGGCGCCAGCUCCGCAAGAUCUGCAUCCUGGAGCUGCUCAGCGCGCGCCGCGUGCAGUCGUUCCGCCAUAUCAGAGAGGACGAGGUCGGACGCCUCCUGGCCGCUGUUGCCGCGGUGCCGCCCGGGGAGCCCGUGAACGUGAGCGAGCGGAUCGCCGUGCUCAUCACCGACUCGGCGGUGCGCGCCAUGAUUGGGGACAGGUUUAAGAGGCGGGAGGAGUUCUUGCAGACUCUCGACGAAGGGGUCAAGCUCGUCGCCGGGUUCAACCUCGGCGACCUCUUCCCGUCGUCGCGCCUCGCCAGCUUCAUCAGCGGCACGGCGCGGCUGGCCGAGGAGAACCACCGCAAGAGCUUCGAGCUCAUGGAGUACGCGAUCCAGCAGCACGAGCAGCAGAGGGCCGCCGCCUCAGCGAACGAUGACGGAGGAGAGGACCUAGUGGACACGCUCUUGAGGAUACGCAAGGAAGGUGGCCUCGACGUGCCUCUUACCAUGGGCAUGAUCAAAGCAGUUAUACUGGAUCUAUUUGGUGCCGGGAGUGAGACUUCAGCUACCACACUUCAGUGGGCCAUGUCGGAGCUCAUGAGGUACCCAAACGUGAUGCGGAAAGCACAAGCUGAAGUACGCAAAAACCUCCAAGGAAAACAUAAGGUGACUGAGGAUGACUUGGCCAAUCUCAAGUACCUUAGACUCGUCAUCAAGGAGACAAUGAGGUUGCAUCCAGCCGCGCCAUUGCUUCUCCCUAGAGAGGCCAUGGAGCCUUGCAAAAUUCUCGGGUACGACAUACCCAAGGGCACCACGGUGUUGGUGAAUGCAUGGGCGAUCGGCAGGGAUCCUAAGCAUUGGGAGGAUCCUGAGGAGUUCAAGCCGGAGAGAUUCAAGUCCGGAAUGGUCGACUUCAAAGGCACAAACUUCGAGUACAUACCGUUCGGGGCAGGCAGGAGAAUGUGCCCUGGAAUGACAUUUGCGCAGGCCAGCAUGGAGAUUGUGCUCGCCUCACUUCUCUACCACUUUGACUGGGAGCUCCCAAAUGGGGUUAAGCCAGAUGGGCUAGACAUGACCGAGGAGAUGGGUCUCACCGUCCGGCGAAAGAACGACUUGUAUCUGCACGCCGUGGUCCAUGUACCCCUGAUUUGAUUUACACUUGCAUUGGUAUGUCAUAUGUGACUGAAUUCUCGCAUAUUUGUGCCUUCUAUGUGCCUUGGUCAACUGUGUGACUGCUAGACUGCCUUGUCAGGUGACUGCCAGAGAUACGUUGUCGAUUAAUUUGGGGUCCUCAAACUUCUCUGAUCCUCAUACUUGGAUGUUCAUCUUAGAACACCGAUCAGUGAAUUAAUUUUAUGUUAUGUACUGA